UUGGUUACAUAGAUCCACGAAAACCGUUCGUGUAAAUUGCGGAAACAGUUUUUCUUGACAAACACAAAAAGAAAAGCAAUAAACAAAUAUAAAUUUUGUACAUAUCACAUGUCGAAGACUGUGACAAACACAUCUGUGCGCGAAAUAAAUUUUGUAUGGCAGUUUAGUAUUUUAGACCAAAGAGCAAUGAGAAUUAUUGCAAAAAGUUUCUUCGUAAGAUUUUCCAACUUGGUUGUUAAAUAAAAAAGUGUCUAAGCCAAUGAUACGAAAGUUAUAUUUUGCAAAAUUUUAAGUAAUCUCCAACACAAGCAGAAAUACCAAAAGGGCCAAUCCAAAGAAUAUGUGAUUAUCAUUAUGAGAAGAAAUUAAAACAAGUAAAGUUAUAAUAAUAGUGAAAAAUCUAAAUAUUAUACCACCAAAAUAGCAAUCGCACAGGAGGUCAAAGUAAGCUGCUACAACGACAACAAUUAAGCAAUAAGUAUACAAAUAAUUUGAUAUCGCUGCUGUUCCAAAAGAGGAAGCGAAAGUGAAACCAUUACCUAAAAUAAUCGUCAAAGUGAAAAUAUUAAGCAACUAAUUAUGUAUAUUUAUAAAUGGCACGCUAAUGCCAAUAUUUUAAACCAAAAAUUUAAAAAGAUAGUCACUCACUGAAUCGGUGAAUAAUACUACCAAAAUAGUUUAUUAAAAAUAGAUCAAUUAUAUGUAUACGUCUCAAAAAGCCAUAACGAAUCAAAAUGCUGAAAAUUCAUAUGUUGGAACAAGUAGUGAACACGGAGACUGCACUGGAUGUGGUGGCAACCCUGCCGAAAACACCUGCAUCUACUUCGACGUCACCUAAGCGCAGCGGCAGUAGCUGCAGCAGUAAUGGGCGCACUCCAACUGCCUCUACUUCGCCAUCACUGCUACGUCAGCAUUCAUAUCCUGUGCCGGAGGUAUCACAGUGUCAAAUAAGCGGCAGCAUCAAAUCAGGGCGUCAACAAGCCUUCAUGGUGGGUUCGCAAAAAGUUGAAGGCAAUGGCGGAGGAAGUGCAUCUCGCAGUCCCGGAAAAUUGCAUGGGGCCCAGCAGGAUUUGUUCGAGUUGUUGGAGCGUGUGCAGUGCUCACGCUUGGAUGAUCAGAGAUGUGUAUUGCCGUCGUAUUUCUCACAGACUCACAAUCGAGAUCCGAAUGAUGAACGUGUACCACAUCCGCACGAGAGCAACCCCCUCUCUGGCCAAUCUGGCAAUUUCAUGCACCACAAUGGUCUGCAACACUCAGGUUCGCGUUCCACAUUGCGCCAUUCAAUUUCUGGUGCUGCCACGAGCUCCACACCUGCUUCCCCACAACUAAGUGGCAUUGGUGCCGUUUCAAGUACAGGAAAUGGUAUUGGCGUUGCUAACCAGUUGCUCUCCAAUGGCCAGCAUUAUCAGUCGCAGUCGUCAGUCUCCUCACAUGCUUCACAGUCAUCGAUUGUUUCUAACAUACCUUCCUCCCAACGCUUAUUGGAGGAUGUACUCGCCAAGACGGCCCCGUAUCCUAUGAUUAUUUUGCCACUCCACGGUGGCUACUGGGUUGAUGGCACCGAGCAUGAGUGCUCAUUUGAUGCUCGUGGGAACCCGAUGUUACCACAAGCCACCUGGAUGGCCAAAUUCGAGACAGACGAUACGGCAAAGUGUUAUCGACGAUUUUAUGCGGCGCGCGAGCACUCAAAUCUUGUCGGUGAGGAUGAACAAGCUGGUCCAGUUCUGAUUUCCAUAAAGACAGAGAAUGUAGCAAAUCAAGACCAUGCACGCAUUCUGCUGCGUCUACGUACCGGUACUAUGCAUGAACUCAUACCAAUGUCAUGUAUGGAACCAAAUCCGACACCUGCAAAGAUGGUGCGAUUGCUGAAUGAUCAAAUCACAGUUGAGAACUUUGUACCAGUAUUAUGUUCAAAGGCAUCUCAAUUGAUCGGCGCCUACGAUGAACAUGUGCUCGUUUCUAGUUUUAAAUUCGGUGUGUUAUACCAAAGAUAUGGGCAAACCACAGAAGAGGAGCUCUUUAGCAACAACAAUUCAUCGCCAGCUUUUGAGGAAUUUCUAGAUGUUUUAGGUCAACGUAUUAAAUUGAAAGACCACAGGGGUUAUCGGGGUGGCUUGGACAUACAAAAUGGACACACCGGUGAUACAGCUAUCUACGAGGUGUUCAAGGAACGCGAAAUCAUGUUCCAUGUAUCGACAAUGCUGCCCUACACCGAGGGUGACCCACAGCAACUGCAACGCAAGCGGCACAUUGGCAAUGAUAUCGUUGCGAUUGUAUUCCAGGAAUCUAAUACUCCAUUUUCUCCCGACAUGAUUGCCAGUCAUUUCCUGCAUGCCUUUAUUGUAGUGCAACCGCUUGAGCCGAAUACACCGAAUACGCGCUAUAAGGUCAGUGUUACAGCACGUGACGAUGUACCAUUUUUCGGACCAACUCUUCCUAACCCAGCAGUUUUCCGCAAAGGACAGGACUUUAAAGAGUUCAUUUUGACUAAGUUGAUCAAUGCGGAGAAUGCCUGCUACAAAGCAGAUAAAUUUGCGAAGUUGGAGUUGCGCACACGCACUUCGCUUUUGCAGAGUUUGGUAGAGGAAUUAAAAGAUAAAACGCGAGAUUUUCUAGGUGCGGAUUUGACGAAUGGGACGACCGUCAGUCCAACACCUGAAACACCAAAGUCAGAGAAUAGCACAGCCGGAUCACGUUUUAUUGACACCGUUAAGAAAGCGCUCAUCUCACGUGUACGCUCACAAAGUGUAGAUACUUGUAAUAUGGCACCUAGCGUAGAGAAAUUUAGCGUAUCGACAAAGAUGAACUCGUCUGCUUCAACGAUGACUUCGAAAAAGGACAACAGUCUAACAGAGACCCCGAAUUCGAACUCAUGCAAUCACACCACUUCAAAGUCCUCCUCAAAAUCAAAAUCGUCGAAUGAUUCAACCUCUUCAUCACCUGAUAUAACAUCUCGCGGUCCACUGAGCACCAGCAAUACAAUAAAUAAUAAUUAUGCAAAUGCGGCCAGUGGUGCCUUAAUCAAGGAUGCUCAGCACUGCAGCAACUCUUCGGCAGCAGUCAAUGAGGGCGUGGAAGUUGCUACUAUGUCGGAGACUAGCGACGACUCCAGUCUAAAUAGCGUGGAUCUAGACCCGAUUAUUGGGCAAAUAGAUGGUGGUGCAAUUUAUAUAGACAGUGAUACGGGAUUGGAAUCAAUGUCUUCAGCGGAAGCCCUGUCAUCAACUAAGGCAGCCUGUUCGUUGUGUCUAGAUGGAUCGCAAAGUCUCAUGGGCUCUUCGCCGAGAAACGAAACGUGUGUCACUAUUGAGAACUUGAGGCAGGAAGUCACAAGGCUAAAGUGCGAUAAACUAGAUUUGCUCCGACAGAAUGUGAACUGUCAGCGUGACAUCAAACGCUUGCGUGAGCGUGAACUUUCAUUGCAAGGCGAUUUAGCCGCCGCGGGUAAGGAAAUUCUGAGAUUGCGCGACCUGUUAAAAGAGUAUAUGCCCGAUUCAGCAACAGCGCCACUAUCCUCCUCACCAAUCUAAAGGGCGGUGCGUGGUUUACGGCCAUCGUUAUUAAGAGCUUAAAUUUGCGUAGCAAAUUCCGCAAAAGUAUGGUGCAAGAAAACAAAACUACAGGAGGGACCUUUUGUGCCGUGUCAAACACUCUUGUUGGGAGUUGGGAGCCCAAGAGCUUGGCUCUUGAAAAUCUGUAUUAUAAAAAGUUGUUGAUAAUUUUGGCUGUAAGGAGUUUAUUGCGAGAGAGAUUAAAUGAAUUAAUUCAUCACAAACAAACACAAAAAGUUACACCAAAAAUUUAAUAUAAGUCUAUUUAAAUGUAGAAAAAUUAUUGAAAAGUAAAAAAUCUCACAAAAUCUAAAUCAUGUUAUGUACAUACAUACAUACAUAAAUUGAAAGAAGAAAAGAGCGAAGAAGGAAAGCAUUGUAGUGACAUCUAGAAGAAGGCGCGAUGAUAACGAAGAGAAAAUCUUGUAACUUCUUACAUCGUGAUGUUGAGUAUUUAACGAAAAAAUUUAUCUUUUGAUGUCAAUUAACAGAACCUGCAAAAAUAUUGUUUUUAAUUUUUUUAAACUUUUUCAACAUAAAUUUGAGAAUUAGAAAUUAAUGAUUAGAGCAAGAAUUGCGAGCAAGGAACUAUUCAACGAUCGAUUAUGUUUUCACUAGUUCACGACAAGAAUAUGUGUAUAAGUAUUUUUAAGAUUUUUUUAUAAUCAAAUAACACUGCACUAUUAAGUUGAAUAAAUAUAACGAUUCAGUUCAAAGGAUCUUUUUGGGAUUCUUGUAA